AUGAAACUUUCCAAUCACAGCCAAUGGCUCAGCAUUAGCAAGCAGGGCUUCGAAACCGCUCUGCUCGAGUCUAAUAGACUGCGAUCACUCCUUCGUAGCGUGGCUGAUCCCGACGAGGUGGAACCGAGUCUAUAUGUGUUUAUUGGGGCCCGGACGAAGUCUAUUGCCCUUGAGAAGGCGUUUGGGAUCAGACGCAGAAAGAUUUUCAAAAGUAAACAGUAUGCCGGGGAUGUAGAUCUGCAUAUGGCGUCCAGCUCCGAGCAGUCCACCAGACCAUUGCUGGUCGCUGACGCUUCUCUCAACACCAGAGGCUUUCGAUAUCACACGACAGGCCACGGCUGUCAGGAGAUAAAUAGAUGGCCUCUGCGUAAUUCCGAGUCAUAUUCUCCAGACGGGCUCGAACAGGCACUGCUUAGCCGUCUACUCUUGCCGUUCACAGAUGUUAUCUGCUUCUUUGCUUCAGAUUUAGGAGGCUUUCCCACCAUCGCACGUCAUCUUGCUGGGUGGCUUCGUAGCAAAACCGUUUCAACAGCACCGCCUCUGACGAAGCCCACCGUCAUGAUUGUCACCGACAAGAUGCCAACGACAGCCCAGAGAGAACAAGAAGCGAAAAAGGCGUUUCUCUGGUUGUUGAAAGAGCAGAGCGCAGACAACCUAUUUGAUCUCAUAUCCGACCUUGACGUUGUUGCCAUCCACCCACCCCGUACUUUUGGACCCUCCCCUAACUGGAAUCGAUUGAAAGGGCGGCUGUUGAGGGCGUCAAAUAGGGCGCGGAAACACAGAGUUGAAUCGCACACGCUGUACUCCAUGACUCACUUAGUGGCUUUUAUCGAGGCAGCCUGCAAGCACUUUUCCGAAUCCGCGACCGAACCAUUCAAUUUCAUUCAAGCCUCUCGUUUGCGGAAUCCAGCCGCCUUAGACCUGAAGAAACACCUUGCAAAUCUCUUCGGGCACUGUGCAACACCGGAAGAUGUAAUCAGUUUUGCCGCUCCGGUAAUUGCUUCGAGUUUCCUUUUAGACAGCUAUCCCCCAGAUUGUCACGUAUUCGACCCACGACACAUCUUCCGAGAAAUGUACUAUGAGGCCGUUAACGAUGCACUUGGCGAACGUGUCAUAUCUUUCGAGUCAUCAUCCAAGGUAAUUUUGCGUACGGGGGUUCUGAAGGAGAUUCAGACUCACCUGCUUGAAUAUUUUGAGAGGUUGACUUCGUCCCCCGACUCCUCUAGUGCGCUCAUCCAUUUGACAAAUAUCCAACGGCAUAAGGACAGAUGGAGCCAAAUUUAUAGUGAGGUCACUUGCUUUUGCUGUACCAGUCGAACUCCACAAUAUCGUUUCCCCUGUGGCCAUUUGGUGUGUGAGACCUGUGUCCAAAUUUUUGGGAAAGUGACACCAAGUGAACCGUGGACCUAUCGGGUUAAUUGCUGCUUCCUCUGUGGGGAAGAAUGGACAAUGGAAGUCAUUGUCACAGUAAAAGCCCCUACACGUGGAGUGAGUAUUUUGUGUCUCGACGGUGGUGGAACGCGGGCCAUUAUCCCGUUGACAUUGAUGAAGAGGAUUCAGGAGCGGACCGGUCUCCCAAUACCCAUUCAGAAAUAUUUCAAGCUAGUCGCUGGCGUCAGUUCAGGAAGCAUCACGGCAUUAGCUAUGUACCACAAGGGCUGGCCUCUGGACAAGUGCAUCCAGUCGUUUCUGAAACUGGCUAAAUCUUCUUUCAAGCAAGAAAAUACUCUCGGCAUCCCUUUCAUAUCCUGGGUAGCAAAGUUAUUCCGGCUUUAUGCUCGGGAUGGACUCUACAAGCCUGAAAACCUCGAAUCGAUCUUGCAGAAUCUUCUAGGGCAAGAGACAAGGAUGCUUGACUGCUCCUAUGCCACCCAGCUGGGGGCGAAAAUAUGCGUGCUUGUUGCGACAGUGCUAAAGAAGCCGUCCUGCCGGAUUUUUGCUAAUUAUAUGCGCCCUAAUGAGAAUCACGGUAAGCGCAUGUUAUAUAUAGUAUCUGCUGUCGCAGGGGCAAACGUCCCGCUCUGGGAGAUAUUCUUCCCUACCAAGCAUAUUCCUAAGGUAGGCACAUUCCAAGAUAUAGGUCUUCUCUCAAACGAUCCGGUCGCCACGGCUUUCUCAGAAGCAGCCAUGCUAUACCCGUCGACGCCAACCGAUCUGAUCCUGUCUCUGGGGACCGGGAAGGUUCCGAAGGUCGAAUACGACCAGUUAUGUGAAGUCGCCGCCCCUCCAGCCCGGGCUGCUUUUAGAAUACGAGAUUUGGUCUGGGAGAAGUCGAGAGAUCAGCAGGUCCGACAAGUGUUUGCUCAUCAUCCGAGAUACCAUCGACUAGACCAUGAGGUCGACCAGGAUUAUGGCCUUGACGAUGUUAAUCACAUGCUUAAGCUUAAGUCCGAUGUCGAGCACGAUACUUCGCUAUCGGAAUCGAUUGAUCGAGUUGCUUGGUGUGCGGUUGCCUCAUUAUUUUACUUCGAACUCGUCGAUUUACCGAUGCGAGACAACGGAAAAGACGCAGAAUUUAAAAUAUUACUCUCUCAACUUACCUCCUGUCGUGCCCAGUUCUAUAUUAACGGGGAACCCCUCCCAGUUGAUUGGUCCGACUCGAGAUCCCUUGAUGGGUAUGGAAAUUUUUGUCGGAAAGUUACACUGGAGACUGCCGAGCAAAUCAGCAUUAUCCUGCGAAUGGGAGAUACGUCCGCCGAAACUUAUAUUAGUGGCUUACCGUCAACGAUUAACAAUAUUAUAGAAGCACAAGGCUUAAAUGCGUAUUUUGGAACCCAAGAUCACCGUAAAAGAAAGAGACCGGUAGACAGCAAAUUCCAUUCUGGAAAGAGAAGAAGGAUGUCGGACGGAGCUCGUAAAUAUCGCACCCGGUUAUAG